AUGGCUUCCUCGUCGGGACGUGCGGGGCUCAAGUGCCUCCAGUGGCUGUUUAGAGGCAUCCAGUUCGUCUGCUCAGUUGUCGUAUUGGGCAUCUAUUCAUACUACAUCGCCACCAUGGCUAGUCACAAGAUGACCAUUUCGACCAACGUCAAGGCCAUAGAAGGCAUCGCAGCCGUCGGCACGCUAUACACAGCCCUUGGUUUGCUGUUUGUGUGUUGCUGCGCAGGCUUUCCCGUUUCCUCAUUUAUCGCAAUCAUUUUGGACAUCGGGCUCAUCGCCGCCUACAUUUAUGUUGCUGUUGGCAACCGUGACGGGGCAAGCUCGUGCAGCGGCAGCAACGUAAACACCGUCUACGGCUCGGGGGAGGCGAAUGCUUCUCCUAGCACGAGUGGAUCGGGAAACAGCAUAGCCGACAUCCCUGUGAAUGGGCUGCCGACAUUCCAGAUGGCUUGCAGGUUGGAGACAGUCUGCCUCGCCGCUGCUAGUAUUGCCUGCAUCUUUUUCGCACUAUCUAUCUUGCUAGAAAUCAGCCUCAACCGCAACCGCCACCGAGCGUCCCGCCCUAUUCGAGACGCUGAUGGCGAGUACAUCAACAAGUCAGACUAUUAUGGCCAAGGAGCGCCUCCUCAGCGCCACCAGGGCCUCAAACCAUUCCUGGGCGCGCUUCCGUUCCGUCGCCGCGAACCUGUUGACCCAGACGUGUUGCCGAUGCACCAACAACCCGGCCAGAUGCAGACACGGCAGGUUGAGACCUGGGGUGAGGUCGUGUCGCUCCAUGACAGCGACCGGCUUUAUUUCAACGAAGGCGAAGAUCGGGACGAGCACGGUCCGCCUGUGCAAUUCACAUCGACGACGGCGCCGCGGCCGGCCGCGGGUCAAUACAAUGAGGGUGAACUAUCCGAUCGGGAAUACAACCUGUAUCAAGAGGACCCAAAAGGCAAUGAUCAUAGCGAGACUGGGAAACGAACGACACAAAGGGAGAGCAGGGCUGCACGAGCCGAACGGUUUGCGGCGUCUUGA